UAAUAUAAAUAUAUCAUCACUUAAAAAAUGUUAUCAAUAUCAAAUUUUUUUUAGAAGGAUACUAAAUUAUAUUUUUACCAAAUGACAAUUUAAAUCAAAUAUUUCAAAAUAUAUUAGAUAUUAAUGAAAUUCUAAAACAACUGCAUGUUAAUCGAACUAUCAGUCCCAACAAGUCAUAAAUAACUUGGAACAAUUAUAAAAAAUCUGUGGAUACCGAAAAUGUAUCACGUCAGAAAGUGAUGGGUAAUUGAUCUCCUUAUAUGUACUUGGGCAAUCUUCCCUCAUGAGCUAGCUUUUGAGUUUGAGUUAGACCCAAGAUCCAUUCUUUGUUCACCGAUGUUGCACCCCCAUAUUAUAAGAAAGUACGGAAAAGCUUGCUAGAGGUGCUGUCCGCCACGGCCUCUGCAAGUUCCUCUGCCGCUAUUCAACAAUCCUCGACGAGAAAGUACAUUAUAGAUUUAUUUAUCAUUAACUGAUUCUUCUCUUUUGUAAGUGUUUAGCUUAUAUGUAUCUACUUCACAUUGUUCCGUAGUUUAAGUUUUGUUGCAAUUGCUCCCUCUGCUCAAAAUGAUUGUCACUUUUCAUUUCUCGAGAGCUAGUUUCGCUAAUCUCGAAGCUAAAUUGGACUAGAUUAAUACAAUAUUUUAAAAUUAAAAUUUAAAUAUUCAAAUACUAUCAAAAGUACUACAAGUUGCAAAUCUCCUUUAUCGGUGAAGAGAUAUAUCUUAAAAUGUUGGUCAAAGUUCAUAUAGUUUAACUCUUGAAAGCGAAUAGUGGCAAGUAUUCUGGGACUGGGGUGUGGGGUGGAGGGAGUAUCUAUCAAGCAAAGAGGUGUUUAUUAAGCGUCGAAUAGAGAGUGUAUAGAAGUAAACAUUUAAAGAAAAAGACUAAUCCACCUAUUGAUGGCACUGGUUAGAUAUUGACCUGUGCCUCGUGUAUUAAUGUUGAAAAUUUUGAAAAAUGGAUAAAUAAUCCCUUGAGAAUAGAGUGUAAAAGAAUGUCCGUACAGUUAAAGCGUGUAAUAGGCUUUUCCGAAUUAGUUUAAGUGGGUAAUUUGUGUAUUAUACUGUUUAUACAUGAAGGAAGGGGGAUGACCAUUUACCUCAUGAUAUUAUAAAAGAAGGUAUUCCCUUUUUACACUUUAAGGUCUUUAAAAAUGUAUAUAUAUAGAGAGAGAUAAAUGCUCAAAGUAUAAUGUGGCCGUCUAAGUUGUGGAGGACUCCUCCAUGUUAGAGAGUAACUUCCUUUAUAAAAGUAAACAAAAUAGAAAAUAUGAACUUGGGAGAACUCCUCCCAAUUAUUAUAUGGAUUGAUCAUAUAAGCAAGUUUCCAAAAAUUACGAAAGGAAUUUAAUCUAAAAAUUUCUUUGGUUUGGCUUGUCUAGUUUUGAAAUCUGACACUUGCAUCUUAUCCAAUAUGUAUGUCCCUUUUGCUUCAUUCUGUAAGUCUUUAAAGUUUUAAGGUCGUACUUGUUUCAGAUAGUAAAGAUUCCAGUUAGCCAUUGCAUAUGACACUUCAUUUGCCUUUGGUAACAGUUUGUCAUCGCGUAUUUUCUAGCACAAGAUCGUCAACUGAUUACAAUAGUUUUUUAGAGAAAUUACGAUAGAGAAAACUUUGAAUUUGUGCGUAGGUGAAGGAAUUCAUGACAACAGUGCAACAUGAGGGGAUGAAGGACUGAUAAAAGCGCCAAAGGUUCUUGCAGACAUUGUGGGGUUGGUAAUGGGGUCUGUAUAUUUGGAUUGCUCCUUUGAUGUGAAUGUUUUUUGGGUGGUCAGUUUCUUUCAUACUAUUUAAGUAUGUGUUGGCCAUGAAUCUUAUAAGAACUUUAUUUUGUUUUCUUUCUAGAUUGAGAUUACCAGUGUAUCAAUCAACUAUGCCUGAAUCUUAAUUAGUUAGGUUGGGUCUAUGAGUUCUCUAUACUUCUUUGGAUUUCUAUUAUAACUUGACAAUAAUUAUGAGGAAUUAAAGAGUUGAGUCUUGCCGGCUUAUUGGUUAUUAGUAAGUGUAUAUAAUGUACAGCCUCAGUGCUAGCAUACAAGGGGCUUUAAUUGUUAUUUAUCGAACCCAUUUUCAUGCAAAGCUAAGGCUGUGUACGAUACACCCUUGUGGUGGGGCCCUUCUCCGGACACCGCGCAUAGCGGUAGCUUUAGUGCACCGGGCUGCCCUUUUUUUUUAAUUUCAUGAAAAGCUAGUUAUCCUAGUAAACCUUGCAUCAAAUUGACUCAAGUCAUACGUCUGUUUCAUGUUUUAGUGAUUUUUGCUGCAAGCAAAGUGGUGCCUGUGCAGUCAUUAUGUAUGCUUGUUAAUUUUUAGAGGUAAAACAUCUUUCCUCUAGAAAUGUGUUGUGUUAUUUACCAAUCGCAGUUGGAUGUCCCGGGGCGAGGAGCGACAGAUGUAGGCCGAGGAAGUAUUGGGAAGAGGUGAUUAGAUAGGAUUUGACUCAUCUUCAACUUACCGAGACAUGACUUUAGAUAGGAGGAUAUGGAGGUCGCAUAUAAGGAUUGAAGGUUGGUAGGUAGUGUAUGUUGUCUCAAUUUUAGUCUAUUCUUGUAGAGUUUGUAGUCUUUAGCUUGGUGGUAGAGCGCCAUGUCUGAUCUCUAUCGUAUGAUUGGCCUACUCAUGUAGUCUUUGGAUUUUGGUCUAUAUGAUCAUUUGUUAUUUACUAUAUUUAAGUGGUCGCACCUUAUUAGAUGUUAUAGAUUCUUUGUGUAUAUUCUCUACAAUCUACAUUACUCUCAUAUUAGUUGUCAUGUUUUUCUUCACUGCCAUUUUUCCUUCCAGUUAGUACUCCGAUUUGCUUCUCUUGAGUCGAGGGCCUUUCGAAAACCGUCUCUCUACCUUCAAGAGGUAGAGGUAAGUUCUGUGCACACACUAUCCUUCUCAGACCCCACUUUGUGGGAAUUCACUGGGUAUGUUGAUGUAUUAAAUCACUACUUAAUAUGAAACAAACGAAACGGAGGUAGUAAUGAAAUGCUUGAACCACAAUUAAAAUUCAAAAUGCAACAAGCAUGUUUAGGAAAUAAAUGGUAGUACUGCAAUCUAUGUAGUAGGGAUUAAUUGUCUAAUAGUAUUUUGCUUGAAAACUUCUUGAUGAAGAUUAAACAAUAACAAAUUAUGUGGGGUAAGGGGGUUCAUGAGGGCGGAUCGAAAACAACAAAUUUUGUAGGGGUGGGGGGUUGAAGUAAAAACGAUGAAGUUGCACAAAACCAGAGGUAACAGAUGAAAAUUUGGUUGGAUUCCCUUUUUUUCCUUCACACUUUCGGUAGAGGGUCGAGGUUAGUUGACACAUGUCAUUGUGAAUAACACUCUUUUUGCCCAAAUCUGACCAUUUUCACUUCUCAGUGAUUUGAGUGGAAAAUUGGGUGCUUAUGGGUCUUUUGCCAUUACAGGUUGGUGAUAUAAGGACAAGGACCAUUUAUGUUUGUUAGAUUAGAAUUUUUUUCUUUUUAUGAAAUUAUUAAUUUUGAGAUUGCGGGGCGGGUUGUAGUCUUUGGGGGUAGAAAUAUAAAAGGAGAAAAAAAAAGGUAAAGUGAGUGAUAGGAAGGGAUACGAUUAAGGUAAAAAUGGCAAAAACCGUACCUCUAUCUCUCUCAGUUGGCGGUGGCAGCAGAGGAGGAGCAUCAUCGUCGUCUCAUGGUGGUGGAGCCUCGAUUACUAUGGAUCACCAAAUGCAAGUUGCUGAACAACUUGUUCUCAAUCUUCGUUACCACGUUCGUCGUGAACGCGCUCUUCUAGAACUUUCUAAGAAGAGGGAACUUUUCCAUGAUUUGGCCCCCUUGUUGUGCAACUCAUUUGGUACUUCCGUUGUACUCCUACAGGAGUUAAUUUCUAUAUACCCCUUUUUGACACCGCCAAACCUGACUCCUGCACAAUCAAAUAGAGUUUGUAAUGUACUAGCACUUUUGCAAUGUGUAGCCUCUCAUCCGGACACCAAAAUGUCAUUACUCAGUGCAAGUAUUCCUUUGUAUUUGUACCCUUUUCUUGUUACAAGAAGCAAGUCUAGACCUUUUGAAUAUUUGAGGCUUUCUAGCUUAGGUGUCAUUGGCGCCCUCGUGAAGGCAGAUGAUACUGAAGUUAUCCGUGCUCUUCUUUCACCAGAGAUAAUUCUGAGUUUCCUGCGCUCGAUGGACAUUGGAUGUGAACUAUCCAAAACAGUUGCAACUUUCAUUCUGCAAAAAUUGCUUCUAGAUGAUGUGGGUCUGGAUUACAUCUGUACCAGAGCGGUAAAGUUUUUUGAUGUAGCGCAAGUUUUAGGGAAUAUGGUUGGUGAACUUGUUGAACAACCUUCAUCUAGAUUGCUAAAAUACAUAAUUAGAUGCUAUCUUCGUCUGUCGGAUAAUCAAAGGGCAUGUGAUGCACUGAGAACUUGUCUUCCCGAUAUGCUUAGAGAUACCACCUUCAACAGUUGUCUUCGCGAGGAUCCAGUGACGAGGAUGUGGCUGCAAGAAUUGCUUCAAAAAGUCAAUGGGAAUCUGGUUGCUCUACAAACUGGAGGAUCAUUGAACCGAAUUCAUUAAACUAUGAUAUAAGUUAGGAAUUUUUGGUGUCUUUAUAGUGCAUAUUUGGAGUGCAUUCUGUACUCAUGGGAGUUGGGUAUUGUUGGGUGUUUAUUUAAGGUGUAUGUCAUGCAUUUCUGUAUUUAUAGGAGUUUGUGUGUGUUGGAAUAUUUAAGGUCUGUUUGGAAUGUACUACUCUGCUCAUAUGUUUAUUUAUGCAGCACAUUAUGUGAA